AAGAAAAUUUUGGCGGAUCUGUGGCAUGAGAUAUUGUGUGCUGAUGUACCUCUGGCAUUCCAUAAUGGUUUGAUUGAUUUGACAUUUAUCUAUCAGCAUUUCUACGCUGAGCUACCGGAAAAAUUAGACGAAUUUCUUACGAAUAUAUCGGAUUGGUUUCAUUUGCAAGAAGGCGAUUCGAAGGGAUUCUAUGAUUCGAAAUUUGUAGCCAAUGCAGAGGAGGAUUUCGCUGUGUCCUACUUGGGAUAUUUCGAUUACGCUCUUGCAACUUCGAUCCUGAAAGAUACGAUUGAUGUGGUGGACUGUAAGCUUCCCGAUUGUUUCUACCAGUCUGUAAUACAACAGAAUACGGUCAGUGAUGAAACGGCCCGAUUGGUCUGCGAACAUUACGCGAAAUAUGGAUGUUGCUGUGAUACAUGUCGUCUUAUACAUAAUGUCGAUGUUGUGCUCGAUUUAGAAGAGCAAAAACGAGCAAAAGUAAGUAUUUCCACUUUUUUGCUUUAUCGAAUUAUUGUACAACAAAAUUUUGUCCCACCAUCUGUUUCUAAUUCCUUGCCAAAAGUGAUAACACUAUCGAAAAAGCCAGAGUUUUCAUGUCGGAAUGUUAUCGAAUUGUUAGCUGCUGGCAAUUUUCGCGAUUUAGUAUUUUAA